AUGGCCAUGCAGAUGAGAUCAAAACGAGUCGCCAAAGAGAGGCAAAAAAUUCAACAGCACGGUCUGCCCUCUGGAAUCGAGCUUAUCGAGGGAGAUGACUUGAAGCUGUGGAAGUUUGACAUCCGCGUCUUGGACAGCAACCCGCUCUACGAAAACCAGAUUUACCGGCUCAAGUUCCUGUUUCCAGAUGCAUAUCCCAUCGAGCCCCCAGAGGUCACUUUCGAAAAACUUCCGGACCGACCGAUACCGAUGCACCCUCACAUCUAUUCCAACGGCAUCAUUUGCUUAGAUCUGCUCGCCACACAAGGUUGGAGCCCGGUGCAGAGUGCAGAGAGCGUUUGCAUGAGCAUCCAAAGCAUGUUGACCAGCAACUCCAAAAACGAGAGACCAGAAGGAGAUGAGGAGCUUGUUCGAUCAAAUCGCACACGGCCAAGAGACAUGCAGUUUGUCUUCCAUGACAACGACGUUUAG